UUAAAACUGCUCGACAUAGUGGCAAAUCUCUUAUUAAUUGAAAGCAGUGGUCCGUGUCCUGACGCAUUGCCCAGGACUGUUUUGUAUGCUUAAAAUGGACCUGGCUGAGCUGCCGUGGAGGAUGCAAGGGAGCUAUCGUUUGGACACUGCUCAGGGACAAAACGAGAGAAACUGAGGACUAUUUAAAAGCUAAUCCCAGCAUGGCAUUGGUUCCGGAGAACGGCUGCUCCAUGGAGCUGAGCGGCUGGAACAGCAGCGCGAGCGGUGCCGGAGCCUCCGUGCCCUGCAACCAGAGCAUCCUGAAGCUCGCCCCUUACUCCCCUGAAGCCACAGCGGUAUUCGCCACCGCCAUCACCCUAAUGGUCGUCUUCACUAUCGUGGGCAAUAUCAUGGUCAUCAUCGCGGUGCUGACCAGCCGGUCCCUCCGAGGACCCCAGAAUCUGUUCCUAGUGUCACUGGCUGCUGCAGACAUUUUAGUGGCCACACUUAUCAUUCCCUUUUCUCUGGCCAAUGAACUGCUUGGCUACUGGUACUUCAAGUCACUGUGGUGUGAGAUCUACCUGGCACUGGAUGUGUUGUUCUGCACCUCCUCCAUUGUUCACCUGUGUGCCAUCUCCCUGGACCGCUAUCUGUCCAUCUCCAGGGUCACAUACGGGCGCCAGCGCACCCCCAAGCGCAUCAAAGCCGCUAUUGUGGUGGUGUGGCUCAUCGCUGCCAUCAUCUCCUUUCCUCCCCUGCUGUCACUGAACAAACGUGAGGCAGGAGAGGAGGGGACUGAGAGAGGACCCCAGUGCCAGCUGAAUGAUGAGAGCUGGUACAUCCUUUACUCAACCAUUGGCUCCUUCUUUGCUCCAUGCCUCAUCAUGAUCCUGGUCUAUGUAAGAAUCUACCAAAUUGCCAAACAGAGAACACGUUGCCCCCCGGGAGAGCCCAGGAAGGAUGGGGUCGGCUGUGCCACACCAGGUCAGACUCCACGACAUAUCCAGGCCAACGGGAAGGAUGAUGAGGAAAGCACACCGCCUUCAUCCAACAAAACCUCUCGUGCCAGACCCCCCACCCUCGCCAUCACCCCGUCCCCCUCCUCAGGAGACACUCAAACCCCCCUAAAUCCCACUUCCAAUAAUCUCCUGCAACCUCCAUCCCCUUCUCUAGCCAUGACCCCUGUCACAACCUCCCUUGAGACCUCGCCUCUUGGCCCCUUAACUCCCCCCUCUGUGACCGCCCCUGCCAACACUAAAGAGAAGGGGAAGAAGGGCAAGAAGCAGGCAGGGAAAAAAGCUGACAAUAACAAUGGUGACAGCUCGAGCACAGAGAGCGACAUGGAGCACAGCCAUGGAGGAGGCCGAGGCAGCGCCAGCAUGCCAGGGUCCCCUGCAGGAGGGGGGGUCCACUCCCCGGCCUCAGUCAAGCGCUACCGGGAAAUGAUGGCAACUUCAAAGGGGGCUCGGCUGGUGCCGGGGAGGAAGUCAAAGACAGAGAACAACCCUGGAGCAGCGAGGCGUAAAGCCAUGGUCAACAGAGAGAAACGCUUCACCUUUGUUUUGGCGGUGGUCAUAGGUGUCUUUGUGGUGUGCUGGUUCCCCUUCUUCUUCUCCUAUUCUCUGGUGGCAGUUUGCCCAGAGACGUGUGCCAUCCCUGAUCCACUGUUCACAUUUUUCUUCUGGAUCGGUUACUGCAACUCCUCACUUAAUCCAGUUAUAUAUACCAUUUUCAACAAAGACUUCAGAAAGGCCUUCAAAAAGAUAUUGUGCAGUGGCACCAAGGGUACGUUCUUUUAGCAUACAUGAUGUAUCAGCUGUACAUGACCUAGACACAAAAAAUGCUACUUCUGAGGCAUCAUAAAUCAAUCACUUACAUGUUUUCAGAACACUCAAAGGGCUGUUCCCAGCAUAGGAAUCAGAACUGAGAGCCACUCUUUUACAGCCACAGUGUGUGCAAACAGGCAACUUGGACUGUGAAAUCCCAGCUUGCAGCAGAUACGCACAGAUAUUUCAUGGUGUGGGAUGAAAACAGGACAUGGAACAGAGGCAGCACUAGAUACUUAACUGCUUCGCACUUCAGUAUUGCUGAUAAGAUUUUGAUUAAAAAGUUUAAUCUCCAGAUCACAUUGAAUAAUGGAGUACACUGGGACACAGGGUGCUGCAGAAUAAGACUCUAUAAAACUGUCAGAGGGAAGCAUGAAACCCGUUGAGAAUGAACUCCUGAAUGAGAAUAUAGACAGUUUAAUGUGUAAUAUAUAUUGUUUUGUCGUUAUUAAAUACUCCAGGACUAAUGGAGAAAGGAAGCAAAUAUAAAGAAGGAAAAGUGACCUUUGAGUCCUGUGAGCCUCAGGCCAUUUAUUUAUCAAUACUGAGCACAAGGAGCACACAAGGUUAGUGGUGAUUUCUUAUGUCUGUAGUCUUAAUUUGCCCAGCUGCAAGGCAAACAUGUGUUCCUCGAUUUUUAUCUAAAGGCGCAACAAGAGAAGGUUUCUGAAGACUUCAAAUGUGAUAGCACAGACAAUGACACCCUUUCAAACUGAACUUGUGGGUUUUCAUGAGGAAAGCCUGCACGUCAGACACCUAGCUGCUGGCUUGGUGUGAGUCAUAAUGGACACUCAGGUUGUUAGUAAUGACACUCUUGGCUUUCCCCUUUCAUGAUGUGCAGAACAAGAUAAAGUGUAGGGGAUUUUUCAAGAAAAACAUGUGUAUGUUAUUGAGAUGUAAAAGUAGGGCAGUAUGACCCUCCUCAUCCUCUUUGCUUGUUGUUUCCUGCUUUUCAUCUUGAUCUAGGCUAUCACAACAAUAGACUGGAUCAAGCAAUUCUUCUAAUGAACACAAUGAGAUACAAUCAAACUGCUUUUAGCCUCUUGAAAGUGCUUCUGACGUUUUUCCUAGUAUCUAACUGGAGGUGCCUCUGGAGAAGACAUAUAGGAAUUCGAUUCCUAUUAUUCAACAUUACUUUAGAAAAACCUGAUUAAGCAGGGAGACAUUUACAUUCACUGUAAAGGACAUAUAAUGCAAUUAUGUAUGUGUAAUGUAACCACUAAUCACGCCUACAUGGUUUAUUCUGAGAACCAUUUGGCUGAGUCACUCUUUACAAACGCCUCUGGCACAUCAGCUGCAGUGGACCUCUACAUGGCACAUUUGGGUUUAUAGCUGAGAGGAAAGAGCAUGAAUAGUGCAUUUAUUUGUUCUCACCAUGGGACUGAGGCUCUGUCAGCUUUCAUGAUCAAAUAUAAAUAAAUAAAAAUGUAUCUGUGACUGUGAACAACACAGGCUUAUUGACUCAAUGGGACAAGGGCUGUCAGCAGCAACACUUCAAUUUACUGAUUGUCUAAUACUGCUGACCUGUAUGAGUGUGUGUGUGCAUGUGUGUGUAUGCGUGUUAAUUUUCCUUUUUCUUUCUGUAGAGAGUGACAGUGCCUCUCCUGGCUGCUACUACUGUAAUAUUAGUAAAAAUAGAGACCAGAUGUCCUGGUGACGCCAUCACUUUGUGAAUGUUUCUACUUGAUUGACAGAUCAGUACUUAGCCAUGUUGAGAAAGUCUUAUCAAACUGAAAGUCAGUGUUUAUCAGUGAUAUUGAGUACAUGGCUGUUAGUGAUCACUCCCAAGGGACCAAAGAGCCUUAUAGGUCACCAGCCUGACUCUGUGAUAUCCGGCUCUGUGUUGCUUUAAAAAAGUAUUCCUUUCUAUUUAGUGUGUGUGUGAUGGGACACAAAGAUUGAAGAAACUGUAUAAUUUAUUUCAGAGUAUUUUGUGUUUUCUGUCUGUUACCUAUUUAUUGUUCUGUUACUGUGCUUUUAUUCUGAAUGUCAAGUGAAACUGCUAUCAAAGAGCAAGAACACUGUACAGAUUUGUAAUAUCACGAAAAAGAACUAAAUUGAUUCAUGCCUUUGAGCUCUUGCUUUGUGGGGAUUGAGCUAUAUUUGAGCUUGGGUUGUAUGUAUUUGUGUUGAAUUGAAGGAAGUUGAACUUCGAGUUAUGUGCAUAAUGCAGAAUCUACAAUGCAAUGUUUGUCUUUGUUUCAUGUGGUGAUAGUAAAAUGUUAAAUCAAAGAUACAAGCACACUCAUGAAUGUACAAUUAAUCAUGCAUACUGCAGCAGGAAAAUCUCUUUUAAAAAUAUUCAUCAAAAAGUGCUUGAAUAUGAAAAUAACAUUAGCAACCGUAGACAUUUUCAGUUUGAUGAUUUGCAGAAUGUGUGCAGGACAUUAAUGCUACAAUCAAUAACACACACAGCUGCUUGGAGGUCCAAAUAUCUGAUAAAACAAAAUGGAGGAAAGUGAGAGCUCCAUGCACUUAUACAACUGUUCCCUGUCUUCAUCUGAAACGCUUAGUUUCUCUCCAGAAAUACGGCAACUAUAGCAACCCUUUUGUAACAAAAAUAGGCACAGAAGCCAUGAAUUCAUGGCCGCUUCGAAUAAAUAUGAGUUGCAAUGCUGCUCAAACCUUCCAACCAUGGCUUUAUGUGGUGAAACUUCUGCUUUGUUUGAUUUUGAAAAGUAUGAAUUAUUGCUUAAAGGUGACAGAUGCAGUAAUCUGCCUCAUGAUCACCAUCCCUCCCCUGAAACCGCCUGUAUUGUCUCUUAUUGCGUUUGGAUCAAAUAACAUGGUCUGAGCUUUACAAUCUUCUAUCCCCCAUCUGUCAUCAUCCCUCUCCAGUUUGGAAAUAAAGCUACUU